AAAUGAAAGAAAUUACAAGCUUCAAGUUGAAGAUGAUUAUGGUCCUAAAAGAUUUAUGGGUAAAUGUCCUGAACGGCUACAUUUACAUUAGUGUUCUUCACGACUGUCAGGCCUUGAAUUACACUCCCCAGAAGCAAAAGUUUUGGAAGCAGCUGAUAUCUUAUUAACAACAAUUUAAUGGCUUGAACAAUGGCAGAAAUAAGUGGGUCUAUUGCAGCAGUUGAAUCAAGCGUGAUAGGUAUAAGUUCAACCAACUCUCCGCGAGCAAAGGCAUCAUCAAUGGAUCCAAAGAAUGUAGAUUGGUGUGAAGAAAGGAACAAGUCACUCCGAGCCAGAUACAUUUAUGCCAUAAUCUUCUUCAUAAUCAACCUUACUGCCUGGUUCAUUCGAGAUUAUGGACACAGUGUGUUCCCUCCACCCUACUAUAAAGAAGCUUGUGGAACCGCAGGACAUGAUUGUUUUCACACAUUGGGAGUUCUCCGUGUGAGUUUAGGAUGUUUCAUAUUUUUCUUUAUCAUGUUUCUUACCACAUUUAUUGCAAGAAAAUUAUAUGAAGCUUGCAGUAAAUGGCACUCAGGAUGGUGGAAGCUGAAGUUCUUCCUAUUGCUUGCAUCAAUGGUGGUACCCUUCUUCAUCCCUCCAGGUUUUAUUCACAUCUAUGGAGGAGUCGCGCGUGUCGGUGCAGGGAUUUUUCUGCUUCUGCAACUUAUAAGUGUAAUUGAGUUUAUCAGAUGGUGGAAUAAGUACUGGUCACCUGAUGAGCAAAAUAACCAAAGGAGCUGCUCCAUUGCAUUAUUUACCUCAACAGUGUUUUAUGGUGUUUCCAUAUGUGGAAUUGUGUCUAUGUACUAUUUUUACGCCCCAAGACCAGCAUGUUCUCUCAACAUAUUCUUCAUCACAUGGACUGCCCUUCUGCUCAUAGUUAUGAUGGUUAUAUCCUUGCAUUCAAAGGUUAAUAGAGGUCUAUUAUCUUCAGGAAUUAUGGCUUCUUAUGUUGUUUUCCUCUGUUGGUCUGCCAUUAGAAGUGAACCAGUUGAUGAAAAAUGUAAUGUACAAAAGCCAGAUAACGGGAAAUUCGAUUGGACCACCAUACUUGGGUUUCUGAUUGCAAUAGGUGCUAUUGUCAUGGCAACCUUUUCAACAGGGAUUGACUCCAAAUCAUUUCAGUUUAACAAAAACAACGUUAAACUAGAGGAUGAUAUAAGUUACAACUAUGGAUUUUUCCACAUGAUAUUCUCUUUGGGGGCCAUGUACUUUGCAAUGUUAUUCAUCAGUUGGAAUUUGAAAGACUCAGCAACCGAAUGGAGCAUUGAUGUUGGUUGGGCAAGUGCAGGCGUUAAAAUCAUCAACGAGUGGGUGGCAGCCACCAUAUACACGUGGAAGUUGGUUAGCCCCGUUGUGAAGCAAUAUAGGGUAGUGAACAAUGAGCAGACCAUGCAGCCAUGAUUUUGUUCUGCUAUUAAAGAAAAUUAUAUCAAAUUUAAAAUUAUUACGAUUUA